CUUAGCCGCCGUCUGAAAAGCUCAAUUAAGCGAGCGAAGAGCCAGCCUAAACUUGAUCGUACCGGAAGCUUUCGCCACAUGAUUCUCCCACGAUUCCGCAGUGCUGACCAGGAGAGAACGCGCCUGAUGCAGAGCUUUAAGGAGUCUCACUCCCAUGAGUCUUUGCUGUCCCCGAGCAGCGCGGCCGAGGCGCUGGACCUCACGCUGGACGAGGAUGCCAUCAUCAAACCCGUCCACUCCAGCAUCCUCGGCCAGGAGUACUGCUUUGAGGUAACAACGGCCUCGGGCACAAAGUGCUUUGCCUGCCGUUCGGCUGCUGAGAGGGACAAGUGGAUAGAGAACCUGCAACGAGCUGUUAAACCUAACAAGGAUAACAGUCGACGUGUGGACAAUGUUCUUAAGUUGUGGAUCAUCGAGGCGCGGGACCUCCCCCCUAAAAAGCGCUACUACUGCGAGCUGUGUCUGGAUGACAUGCUGUACGCACGCACCACCAGCAAGCCUCGCACCGACACCGUGUUCUGGGGCGAGCACUUCGAGUUCAACAACCUCCCCGCCAUCCGCAGCCUGCGUCUGCACCUCUACAAGGAGACGGACAAGAAGAGACGCAAGGAGAAGAGCACCUACCUGGGUUUGGUCAGCAUUCCCAUCUCGAGCAUCACCGGCCGGCAGUUUGUGGAGCAGUGGUACCCGGUUAUCCAGCCCAGCGUUCUUGCCAAGGGUGGAGGUGUAGGCAGUGGCAAGGUCAUUAAUGCCUCACUGCGGCUCAAGUCGCGCUACCAGACCAUGAGCAUCCUGCCCAUGGAGCUGUACAAGGAGUUUGCGGAGUACGUGACGAAUAAUUACCGCACUUUGUGCGCCGUGCUGGAGCCACUGCUGAGUGUCAAGAGCAAGGAGGAAGUAGCCUGUGCCCUGGUGCACAUCCUGCAGAGUACCGGCAAGGCUAAGGAUUUUCUGUCAGACAUGGCGCUGAGCGAGGUAGAUCGCUUUAUGGACCGAGAGCAUAUGAUCUUCAGGGAGAAUACACUGGCCACCAAAGCCAUAGAGGAGUACCUCAAACUUGUUGGACACCGUUACCUUAAAGACACCAUUGGUGAGUUCAUUCGUGCACUGUACGAGUCGGAGGAGAACUGCGAGGUGGACCCCAUGCGCACUCCACCCUCCAUGCUUCCCGACCAUCAGGCAAACCUACGCAUGUGCUGCGAACUUGCACUCUGCAAGAUCAUCAACUCCCAUUGUGUGUUUCCACGUGAGCUGAAAGAGGUGUUUGCUUCAUGGCGCGUGCGUUGCGCCGAAAGAGGUCGUGAGGAUAUUGCGGACCGGCUCAUCAGUUCCUCAUUGUUCCUGCGCUUCCUGUGCCCUGCCAUCAUGUCUCCGUCGCUGUUUAACCUGACGCAGGAGUACCCAUCCGAGCGCACUUCCCGCACCCUCACGCUCAUCGCCAAGGUGGUGCAGAGCCUGGCCAGCUUCUCCAAGUUUAGCGGUAAGGAGGAACAUAUGAUGUUUAUGAACGAGUUUCUGGAGAUGGAGUGGGGCUCCAUGCAGCAGUUCCUCUAUGAGAUCAGUAACGUGGAGUGUGGCAGUAACGCCCCGGCGUUCGAAGGUUACAUCGACCUGGGCCGUGAGCUCUCCAUCCUGCACAGCCUGCUCUGGGAGGUCAUGGCUCAGCUGAGCAAGGAUGCGAUUUUAAAGCUGGGGCCUUUGCCGCGAUUGCUAAAUGACAUCAGUGUGGCCCUCCGGAACCCCCAGCUGCACCGCCAGGCCAGCCACCAACCGCCUGAACGACAGCUCACCCGCCCGCCCUUCAGCCGCCCGUCCACCAACGACUUCCAGAGUCUGAUGAUGAGGGAGCUGAACAGUUCUAUAGAUAUCUCCCGCUUGCCGUCUCCCACGGCGGGUCUCACUGGGAGCGGAGCUCUCUCCCACCCAGGCAUGGCUGCUUUUGAAAGAGAUCACCGUGGCAACAAAGAUGUCUUCUAUGUGACACGCCCUCCACUAGCCCGCUCAAGCCCAGCCUACUGCACCAGCAGUUCUGACAUCACAGAGCCGGACCCAAAGGUGCUGAGUGUGAAUAAGAGUGUAUCCAUGAUGGACCUGCAGGACUCUCGCAUCAACAGCAUUUCUAACCUGCAUUCUGUCAACGACAUGCUCAACUCCUCACAGGGCUCCAUCGCAGGCUUGGGCAGUUUCGGCCCAAUGGGGGGAGCCCCUCUGCGGGUCGGCGGGCGCGUCUCGGCCGGCUCUGGCGGCUCCAGCAUGUCGGGCGGCCUGCGGCUGAGUCACCCAAGUGGCUUGGCCACGGACUCGCUCUCCCAGCAGCAGCAAGCGGCCGCCGCGGCCAUGCACGUACCGCUCUCCUUCCAGAACCCUCUGUUCCACCUGGCCUCGGACGGACCGCAGUACCACACACCACCCCACGCGCCGCACGCCCCACCACCUCUGCUGCUGGCCCCGGAGCCUGAAAACGGCCACGUGGGCUUUGGCAUGCCGGCCUUCGGCCACGGCGGCUUCUCCCGCAGCGAGGACCUGUCGGCACUGCGCUCGCAGAACAGCCUGGUGCAGCCCAGCAUCGUCCACUCGCACAGCUACAGCGACGACUUCACCCGCCACAACCAGGCUGAUUACGCACGCAGGCAGCUCUCACUGCAGGUGCAGGAGAACCUUCAGCAGCAGGUGUUGAUGGGAAUGGCUCCCCAGACUGCUACAGGCACUGGUACACCAGCUUCAGUCGCCACACCCCCCACCACCAUCCACCCUGUCCGUCAGGCCUCUAUGGCCCCGCCCGCUCCACAGCGUGUGAAGCCUCAGCCCUCCCACCAGCUGUCAGUCAGCUCAGCUGCUAACUCCACCCCUCCCAAGGCCCGCCCCCAGAGUGGAAACCUCCUUCAGUCGCCUGAGUCGAGUUUCGGGGCCAGGCCGUUGCCACGGCAACAGCUGUCCGUCAAGGACAGCCCUGCGCCCGGCCUCCCGCAUCAGUCCAGCACAGCUAGUGAUAGCCAGCCACAGGGGGGCGCUACUGAGAAUGCAGAGAAUACGCCGAGUGAGACGCCUGCUAAACCCGCUCCGCAAACCAACCAACAGCACCUACUGAAACCAACUACUAACAAACAGGGCUCUAAGUCUCCGUCCACACUGAACCCGCCAACCCCUGCGUCUGAGCGGACAGUGGCCUGGGUAUCCAACAUGCCCCACCUGUCUGCGGACAUCGAGAGCCUGCGUGUGGACAGAGAGGACCUGAAACUGAAGGAGCACUCUAAAAGCAUGGAUGAGUCUCGGCUGGACCGGGUGCGGGAAUAUGAGGAGGAGAUCCACUCUCUGAAGGAGCGCCUGAUGAUGUCCCACCGUAAGCUGGAAGAGUAUGAGCGGCGGCUGCACUCUCAGGAGCAGCAGACCAACAAGAUCCUGCUGCAGUACCAGAGCCGGCUGGACGACAGCGAAAGGAGGCUGCGGCAGCAGCAGAUGGAGAAGGACACACAGAUCAAAGACAUCAUCAGCAGGCUGAUGGCGGUGGAGGAUGAGUUGUGUGACUUUGGUGUAUGAUUGUGUUGCGUGAUUGG